AUGGCGGAGAGGAUCUACCCGUCCGCCAAGCAUGGUGGCGCAAACGGGGCGGCGGCCGGCGGCGCUGCGGCGGGGCCAGCGUUUCCGGCGCCGAAGGCGCAGAUGUACGGAUCGGCGCGGCCGAUCUACCGGCCGCAGCAGAGCAAGGCCCGCCGGCGAGGCGGCCGCCGGUGCAGCCUCUGCUGCUGCUGCUGCUGGAUUACGCUUAUCCUGCUCGCGCUGAUCUUCAUGGCGGCCAUCGCGGGGGGAAUCUUCUACGUGCUGUACAGACCUCACCGGCCGUCGUUCUCCGUCUCGUCGAUCAGCCUCUCGGCGUUCAAUGUCACCACCGCAAACGCCCUCAGCUCCCGGUUGAACGUGUCGCUGGCCGCUCGCAACCCUAACAAGAAGCUUGUCUUCGUCUACGACUCCAUCUCCGUCUCCGUCUCCACUGGCGGCGUCGGGAUCGGGGACGGCUCGUUCCCUUCCUUCGUCCAUGAGGCGAGGAACACGACUCUGCUGAAGACGACGGUGGCAAGCGCCGGGCAGAGUCUGGAGACCUCUGCGGCGUCAGAUCUGAAGAAGAAGAGCAGUCUAGCGCUGGAGAUCCGGCUUGAGACGAAGGCCGGUGUCAAGCUCGGGGGGAUGAAGACGAAGAGGGUCCGGAUUAGGGUAACCUGCGAUGGGAUCAACGUCGCGGUCCCCAAGGGUAAGGUCUCCCCCACGGUUUCCUCGCCAGACGCCUCAUGCAAUGUGGAGCUGAGGAUUAAGAUCUGGAAGUGGUACCUCUAG